UCCUCUCCUCAGGUCCAGCUGGGAGCUCCCGGACCUCCAGGAAGGCAAGAUCGAGGCCAUCAGCGACUCGGACGGGGUGAACUACCCCUGGUACGGCAACACCACGGAGACCUGCACCAUCGUGGGCCCCACCAAGAGAGACUCCAAGUUCAUCAUCAGCAUGAAUGACAACUUUUACCCCAGCGUCACGUGGGCCGUGCCCGUCAGCGAGAGCAACGUGGCCAAGCUGACCAACAUCUACCGGGACCAGAGCUUCAUCACGUGGCUGGUGGCCACCAACACCGCGACCAACGACAUGAUCAUUUUGCAGACGCUGCACUGGCGCAUGCAGCUUGGCAUCGAGGUGAACCCCAACCGGCCCCUGGGCCAGCGCGCCCGGCUGCGGGAGCCCAUCGCCCAGGACCAGCCCAAAAUCCUGAGCAAGAAUGAGCCCAUCCCGCCCAGCGCCCUGGUCAAGCCCAAUGCCAACGACGCGCAGGUCCUCAUGUGGCGGCCCAAGUACGGCCCGGCGCUGGUGGUGAUCCCCCCUAAGCACCGGUAACAGCCAGGGCGCCCGCGAGGUGACACCCAAAUAAUCACACCGCGCAAACAACCCGCACGGGCUCUGCAGUCGUUCAGCGAAAUACAACCUUUCUACCUUCUCCAGCGGGCGGAUCUCACUGUGCGAACGCGCGGGGAUGCCCCCCCCCCCACCCCCCCGCCCUCCUGGGACCUGCUUCCCCCGGGGGGAGGGAGGAGACCCAGGCGGGACCGACCGCUCCACGUGCGCCCUCAGUGUCACCUUGGGUCUCCUUUCCUCUCCUCGCAAUUUCCGUCAUUCACUUGCAACAGACUCCCUGAAACAACGGCUUUUUCCGUUCCUUUUUUUUUUUUUUUUUUUUAAAACGCCUCUUUCCGAGGUUCAGGGGUGGGAUGAGGAGGAGCUGGUGAUGAGCCUGGUCUCACCGCACCGGGCCCCGGGGCAGCUCCCCUCAUCCUCCGUCACGCGGCCUUAUGUAGACUUGCUUUGCCAAACUUUUGCCUUAAGCUGAUUUUAAAGGAAAAAAACUGAAACAGAGAGAGCAGGAUGUCUUUUCUGCUGGACUUUGCAUCUUCCGCCAGAGGUGAGGGAGGAGGGGGUUGGGCUACAGAUUUAGAUCUGAAACCGGCUGCUCACUCUUCCGUUUUAGCUGAGCCGAAACCACAGGCAGAUUCUGCCCCCAAAGUCCCGUCUCGCCACCCCAGGUAGAAGAACCCUUACCCUACUC